GCGGGCUUUCCACUCCGCCUCCUUUCCCUUCCCAGCCUCCAGAAGUCCAGAUCGCACGCCGGCCACCGGAGUGACCGAGUGAGCUCACCACCGCGGCGGUCCUUUCCGCGAGAGUCGAGCUCCAUCCCCGAUAUCCUGCCUUGCGCCACCGCCGAGUUCGAGGAUGCCGUUCCGUUCUUUGGCGCGGUAAGCAGGAGAUCGGCCGGCGGCGACCGGAGAUCGACGCGGACCUAGCAUGCGGCGUCGCUCCGGUGAAUUCUGCAGCAACCAAGCGGAAGGGUGAGGAGGCGCCGCGUCGGCAACCCCCUCGCACUCUCGGAUGGAUGAGGUCACACAAGCCGUUGAAAACCUGAAAAGGGAAUGGAGCCGAGUAGUUGCACAGCUUGAGGUGUGCAUUGCUGCUAUUGAAUCCUGUGUGAAGCUGGGCAAGGGGACAGAAGAAGCGAGCUCUCUUCCUAGGUUGAACGGUUCUGCACUGGAUGCACUGCAAUUGCUCAAUGCACUGCAGUGCAGGCUUGAUCUUCUAGCAGAGCAGCUACCCACUUUUGAAGAAGUUCAGUCUGUCCAGGCGACCUUAGGGUCAUGGAAGGAAAAAUAUCAGAGCUGCGCGUGAACCUGAGGAGUGCUAACUUGCAAGCAAAAGUGAACAUUGGAAAAGCUGCUCAAGAAGAGAGGGAGCUUCUUCUGGGAGGCGGAGAAGAGUCCACUAUCCGGAGGCGUAAUCUUCAGUACAUUGAUUAAAUGCGGCCUUUGUAUUAUUGGAAAUCGUUGUGUUGAUGUAACACUUCCAUAUGACCUCAAAAUCAAAUCACAUUGCACUAAUUAAAGUACCAACUUUCUAUAUUUUAUUGUUUAUAAUUCUGUAAUUUAUGUUUGUACAAUGAACACGAACCUGCUAAAUGAUAUAGGACAAAGGCUGGGAUGACCUCCGCUGCAGAAAGUAUUACUGACAGCCUCCGUCGGUCUCGGCAGUUGAUGGUUCAGGAAGUGGGAAGAAGUGCUAAUACCUUGUCAACUUUUGAUGGAUUGCCAAGUGUUCUCCGAAAGGCUGAAGGUGAAUAUCAAGGGCACCGCUCUCUGCUGAUGCGCACCCGUGGUUUGCUCUCCACGAUGCAACGGCAAGAUGUUCUUGAUAGGAUCAUCCUGACUACUGGGUUCCUCGUGUUCUCCUUGGCGGUUCUUUAUGUCGCCUCAAGACGGAUUGGCCUGUUCACACUGCAGAGGAAGCUGGCCGAUGCUAUCAGAUCAGGCUCAGUAUCAGCUGGAGACAUCUUGGGUAAAGUGCAGGAAGGACCUGCCCCAACAACAAAUGCUCCUCCCAAUUUCCAUGAUGACCAGCACUCGAUCUUCUGUCGCCCGUUCCACGUUGUUUGUUUGGCAUAUUUCAUCCGGUGUUUGUAAUAAGUUGUGUUAACUUGUGCAUCACUUCCCCUG